AUUUCCAUUUAACCUUUUUACUUCAAUUUACUUGGUCAAUUUCACCCACCGAAAACCCUCCUCGCCGCCAAAAUUUUACCACUUUUCAACCGCCGCAGGAUGGACCUCUUCACCGGCGAUCACCGGAUUCCGAGCUCCGACAGCUUCCCACAGCACGUUGCUCCAUUUCCCGAUUCGACGGACCUCCUCUACGCUGCUCCUUCUGCCGUAUUUCCCUCUGCCGACAUCAUCGCCCACCUACCAAACCCUCCGCCGCCGCCGCAGAAGCUCCGUCCUAUCCGCUGCAACGGUAGGUCCCCGGCGGGUUCUCAGGCCGAUAACAUCUUCGACGGUGCUCUAAGGAGUUUCCAAUGUGUUUCGUCGUCACCAGAGGGUGGAUUUUCUGGCGAUCAGCUCUGUGUGGCUAAUAUUGACCCUUGCCAGUACUUCAAUUCCUCUGAGAAAGAUGAUAAGCCCGACGCCAAGGAUAAUGGCGGCUUCAGCGAUAUCAUCGGAAACAAUUUCUUCUCGGAGGAAGAGACGAAGAACGGUGGUACAGAUGCUGCCAUCGCUGCGGAGAAUUUGAGCCGGAGCCUUGAAGGACCGCAAUUGGACGACGAUUCGUGCUCCACUUCAGAUGGCGGUGAUGACGUUUUAAGCACAAAAAAACAUUUAAACCAUAAGAGAAAGCGAACGACAAGAUCGCUUGAGCUUUUCGUGGAAAAUUUGAUAAUGAAGGUAAUGAAUAAACAGGAGGAGAUGCAUAGGCAGUUGAUAGACAUGAUAGAAAAGAAUGAGAAAGAGAGAAUAGUCAGAGAAGAAGCUUGGAAACAGAGGGAGAUCGAAAGAAUGAGAAGAGACGAGGAGUUGAGAGCCCAAGAAACGUCUCGCAGCUUAGCAAUUAUCUCCUUCAUCCAAAAUCUGCUAGGCCAUGAAAUUCAAAUCUCACAACCAGUCGAAAACCACUGUACAGAAGACGAUGGAGGUGAAAGCAGCAUACAGAAGGAGCUAAAAAGCGAUCCAAGUAGUAGAAGAUGGCCUCGAGCUGAAGUACAAUCUUUGAUAUCACUUCGAACUUCGCUAGAACAUAAAUUCCGUGCUACAGGCUCGAAAGGUUCUAUAUGGGAGGAGAUAUCAGUCGAGAUGCAGAAGGUCGGUUACAACCGUUCGGCAAAGAAAUGCAAAGAAAAAUGGGAAAAUAUGAACAAGUAUUUCAAAAGAACAAUAGGAACUGGGAAAGCUAGUAUUGCAAACGGUAAGACAUGCCCAUAUUUUCAAGAAUUAGAUACUCUUUAUAGAAAUGGAGUAGUAAAUUCAGGAGCUGUCAUUGAUAGUACAAGCACUGAACAUAAUUCACAGGCUGAAAGAAGUAUAGACCCCUUUCAUGAAGAUGAGGCCUUUGUACAAGGUGAAAGUGAAAGAGAGCAUGUAAAACAGGAGGCCUUGGAGAUGACACAAUUUUAAAGAGAUUUACGUGUACACUACCGAUCCGUUCGGUCGAUUUUUGCAGCCCAGCUUUCGGAUAACGCAGGUUCUUCCUGCUUCCGGCUGAUCUAUUCAUGGCUGCUUUCCUGGUCGGCUCGUUUUUUCAGAUUUUAAACUCGUGUAUGUUUCAGUAUUUGUGCCUCUAUAGUGACCAAAAGAAAUGCCAUGUUUUCAGUUGGACGUUAGCAGGAAAUGAUGGCAGUAGAUUGAAGAAUCACAACGCUUGAAUCAAGUUUUGGGAUGUGGCGAUGAUGCUAAGUAAAUGGAUAACAGUUGUAAACAUAUCAAACUUUAUUCUUAUGGAUUUGUUUAGAUUUACUGUUUAAAUUUUCGGUUAGUUUGUAAUGAGAAAUACGUUGAUAUC